CUUCACUGCUUCACUGUUUUUUCUCUGUAUCCUAAUAGUCUCACUAACAUUAUUGCUAUUUUGCUAUUUUUCACUGAGAUAUUUGGAAAACCAAGACAUUAUCAACUCCGAAUGGGGUUCGAAGACUUGGAACCCAUUUUUGGCCAACCCAAGGCAGAGUGGUCAGCUCCAAACUCCACCCCACUGCGCCCAUUAUUGUUCCAUGUUCAUGCUCUGGACCCUUCUCGCCUCAGAGUCCUUGUCACUGAUUUUCAUUCUAACACUUACGAGGCCGUUCGCUCAGUUCAACACCUCGAGGACAUGCGGGAUAACAUUGGGAUCGGGGGCUCGUGGGCUGAGUUUAUAGACUACGUCACAAGUUCCUUAAAAUCUGGAGAUGUCAAGCUUGUUCUGGAGGGGCAGUCAAAUUCAGGAGGUGCUGCACAUGCAAAAUUAAUUGCUCAGAAAUCCAAAGGAAUGCCACUGAUUUCUAUUUCUCUUGCUAAACUUCUGGAUGCUACUUCUAUUGAGGCCAUUGCCAAUUUUUCACUGGAGCUCUAUAAAGCAUUCAAAAGCAUCCAUAGUUCACUAGUAAAUGAGCAAGAGCGCUGCUAUGAGUUGACGAAGGUUAUAUCCGCAGAACAGGAAAAGAACGGAAGUAUCCAGAGGCAACUGGACACAGUUCUGUAUUCAAAAAGGCAGAAGUCAUUUAGGAUUAAUGACACAGCAACUUCUGAUUCUUUGUCAGUUACAUCAUUGCAACAUUCUCCUGAUAAGCAAGCAGCUCAAAGUCCAGCCUCAGCAAAAGUAACUCGCCGUGUUGUACCAGCAUAUCGCAGGGCAAAAGUCAGGGGAUUUCUUUUGCAGGAUACCGAAAAUGAUGCAGAAAAUUAGAAAGGAUAUGACACCUUGGUUGCAAGUUUGGCCAGGAAAGAUUUCUUAAAAGUACAGUUAUCUCGUCUGUUAUGCUGUUACAACAGAUAUCACGCCAAAAGGAAAGUGAAAAAGUUCAUUUAGUACUUAGGGCAGUUUAUCAAAUAGGUUUUUUGUCAAUCCUAUGAAACCAGUUCAUUGAGGAUACAAAUGUAUGUUUGGUCAUAUUUCCACUGAACAAAAUAAGAGAAUUUGUACAUCAGGAUGUUGUGAUGCAUUUACUAAAUUGUUGCUGCUUGUAUAGUAUAUCUUUUGAUGUGUUGGUUAGUUACUCGUUUAUGAAUGCAAAUUAGAAGUCGAUGCAGAUUUGUCUUGUGGUUCAGUUGGAUUAUGUUGUCAAAGUUGGAAAACAUAAAAUGUUUUUGGCUCAGGAACAUAUUUCAAUUAUGUUGUCAUUGUCGUACGCAUGUUCUGUGUGUGUGUGUUGGGG